AAAAGGGCAUCAAGCCAAAGCCCAAACGGCUCGCGUUCCAGCACCCCCCAGACUGUAUAAAAGUGACCAGGUCAUCCACUAAUGCACAAGACACACACACACAGUAAAUGGUGAACCCCGCCUCUCACCUUGUCAGCUACAAUAUCCUCCAGCCCAUCUGUGACGGUCUGUGGAGUCAUGACCCUUCAGAUGGUGACCUUGUUUUUGGCGGCCUGUGGUGUUUGGUGGAUGAACCCUGCAGUGUCCAAUAUGCUGCCAAGAUGUCACUUGACCCAGCAAAAUGUGAGCCUGGAGAAAGAAGGAUGUCUCUCCUGUCACCUUGUGGAGACGACCAUCUGUUCCGGGUUCUGCGCCACUGAGUACCCGAUCUUCUACGGUUUUCCCAGUGAAGAGCCUCAAGUGUGUAUGUAUGAACACGUGCGCCACCAACAGUUUGAGCUGUCUGACUGCCUUCCAGGCGUCGACCCUGUGGUCAAGUAUCCUGUAGCGCUGAGCUGCAGUUGUGCUGCCUGCUCCAUCCUCACGUCAAACUGUAACGAGGAACCCAAGGAACCCACGAAAGCAGACUUCUGUUCUCAGAUGUCUGCCUAA